AUGAUCUCAAAGCCGGUAGCUAUAGUCACUGGCGCUUCGUCGGGGAUGGGAGAAGCCCUGGCUGAAGACCUGGCUAGUCAAGGAUGGCAAGUCGCCAUGGCCGACAUCAAAGAAAAUCCGCAGAUCAGCUCCAGGCUCGGCGAGAACGCCAGCUACCACUAUUGCAACGUUGCCGAUUAUGACAGCCAGGCCCAGUGCUUCCAAUCGGUCUGGGACAAGUAUGGCCGUCUGGACGCAUUGUGUGCCAAUGCAGGCAUAGUAGACAAGAGCUCCAUCUUCAUAUUCGAUCACCGGGGCUCAGAUGUAAUCCCACCGAAGCCCGACCUCCUCUGCACCGAUGUCGACUACAAAGGGGUUGUAUAUGGAACACAGCUAGCGAUUCAUUUUAUGCGCAAAAAUUCGACUCCGGGCGGUAGCAUUGUGGUGACAGCCAGUGCAGCGGCUGUAACGCCUCAUGAGACAUACCCCGAAUAUGACGGAGCAAAGGCAGCUGUCAUGAACUUUGUGCGGGCAACGUCACGUAUUCUCAGCCUUAAGGAAAAUAUUCGCAUCAAUUGCGUACUCCCGGGUAUAGUAGCGACCAAGAUCAUCCCUCCCGAGAUGGUAGCGGCUGUCUCUUCAGAAUGCCUAACACCAGUAUCGACCAUUGUGGCUGCGUAUAGGAAGUGCUUGGAGGACAAGACCUUGGCUGGGGAAGCGCUGGAGUGCUCGGCCGACAAGAUAUUGCCAGUACCCAAGCCAGCGCUUCAGAACGGGCGAAUCUCAGCUAGAGCUGUGACGGUCUGGGAUCCUUUAUUCAAGACAUACCAUAACGAGCCGUCAGGCCUCCCGGAUGCCAUCGCCUAG